AUGGCAACCGCACAUGGAAUGGAACACCCCGAUGUGAACGAGAAGCACGACGGGAUCACCGGUCCUGGCGCUUCGCAGGAGCAUCAGGCGCCGCACUCGAAUAAUUGGCACCAGCGCCGAGACCUCGCAUCAUGGGGUCAUGGCUACGCGCCUCCCGAAGGUGCCUCGCUGCAACCUGGCGUGUUCAAGCCCUACGAGCACCGUAAAUUCGCCAACCCAGCCCCUCUUGGCUUGAGCGCCUUCGCCUUGACGACAUUUGUGCUCUCGGCCAUCAACAUGGAGGCGCGCUCCGUUACGGUCCCUUCUGUCGUGGUGCCUCUGGCCUUUGGAUAUGGUGGGCUGGUGCAGCUCCUCGCUGGCAUGUGGGAAAUGGCCGUUGGCAACACGUUUGGCGCCACUGCCUUGUCGUCCUAUGGUGGAUUCUGGAUCGCGUACGGCCUGCUCCUCACGCCCUCGCCAUGGGGCAUCAUGGAAGCAGACGGCCCUUAUGAGGGCGACACCAGCUCUCCAGUUGGUUUCUUCCUGACUGGGUGGUUCAUCUUCACGACGAUUCUGCUCAUCUGCACUCUUCGCUCCACCGUCGCCUUCUUCCUGCUCUUCUUCACCCUCGACAUUGCCUUCUUGUGCCUGUCCGUGGAGCACUACGCCCACGACAUGGGCAACGACGUUGCUGCGACAAACUUGAAGAAGGCGGGUGGUUUCUUUGGCUUCCUGGCCGCCUUCCUGGCGUGGUACAAUGCUCUGGCCGGUAUCCAGGACAGCAGUAACUCGUUCUUCACCGUUCCCGUCAUCCAUUUCCCAUGGUCUGACAAGGGCCGCGAGCAGCGCGCCAAGAAGGCAAGCAUUGUCUAA